AUGGCCUCUGCCGAUGAGGCGGAUUUUGUCAUUUCAGAUGAGAUGCAAUCUAUUCUGGACACUGCCAUGUCCAAAUCAAUGUCCAAAGCAUUAGCCUCUGCCAUGGACGUCAUGUCUACGUCUUUAUCCAAGAUGUUUACACAGGAAUUAUUACACACUCAAAUGUCGGUCCCUCCGACCUCUCAGACGGUCGUGAUACCGCCUGCCUCUCAGCCAGGCCGUAAAGCACUGGCAAAAACAAAACAUGCCUCCAAAACUAUUAAGAUGGACAGUAUACCACCUGUCACAGAUGGCGCACGUGUGAAUCCAACCUGA